AUGGUAGCUCCACUCCUCCGUUCUCUCUGGUCCAACACCAGAAAGCCCUUUUCAUCACACGCCUCUUCUUAUUUCCCACGCGCCUCCCUUACCCCUCGCUUCUUCUCCGCCGCCUCUGCUGCAGCCUCUGCCUCUACAGCACCAAAUCCGUCCCUGGAUCCAAGUAGACUAAGAAACGUUGCUGUCAUAGCUCAUGUAGAUCAUGGGAAGACAACAUUAAUGGAUCGGUUGCUAAGGCAGUGUGGGGCUGAUAUACCUCAUGAGAGAGCCAUGGACUCUAUUAGCCUUGAACGUGAGAGAGGGAUCACUAUAUCCUCAAAGGUUACAUCAAUUUCAUGGAAGGAAAAUGUGCUAAACAUGGUUGAUACACCUGGACAUGCUGAUUUUGGUGGUGAGGUUGAGCGGGUUGUUGGGAUGGUUGAAGGAGCAAUUUUAGUUGUAGAUGCGGGCGAAGGUCCACUUGCACAGACAAAAUUUGUUCUUGCUAAAGCUUUGAAGUAUGGGAUACGUCCUAUUCUACUUUUGAACAAAGUAGAUCGACCUGCAGUUUCUGAGGAAAGGUGCGAUGAAGUUGAGAGCUUAGUCUUUGAUCUGUUUGCAAAUCUUGGAGCUACAGAGGAGCAGCUGGAUUUUCCUGUUCUCUACGCUUCUGCCAAAGAAGGAUGGGCAUCCUCCUCCUUCACCAAAGAUCCUCCUGCUGAUUCAAAGAAUAUGGCACAAUUGCUUGAUGCUAUCAUAAGACAUGUCCCCUCACCAAAAGCAAACCUUGAUGCGCCGUUUCAGAUGCUGGUUUCCAUGAUGGAAAAGGACUUUUAUCUUGGAAGAAUCUUAACUGGGCGUGUUUUUUCUGGCAUCAUUCAUGUUGGAGACAGACUUCAUGGACUACGUAGCACAGAUUCUGGGGUUACAAAAAUUGAAGAAGGGAAGGUUACAAAGCUAAUGAAAAAGAAGGGUACAAGCAUGGUUCUGAUUGAUAGUGCUGGAGCUGGUGAUAUAAUAUCUAUGGCUGGGAUGGCAAGUCCAUCAAUAGGCCACACAGUAGCUAAUCUAGAGGUUAUGACUGCAUUGCCAACUGUUGAGUUAGAUCCUCCAACAAUCUCUAUGACUUUUGGGGUCAAUGACUCUCCACUGGCUGGCCGAGAUGGUACCCAUCUGACUGGAGGGAAAAUUGGUGAUCGGUUAAUGGCUGAAGCUGAAACUAAUCUUGCCAUAAAUGUGCUUCCUGGCAUGGCAGAGACGUAUGAAGUUCAAGGAAGAGGAGAACUUCAACUUGGUAUCUUGAUUGAGAAUAUGAGACGUGAAGGAUUUGAACUGUCUGUCUCACCCCCUAGAGUCAUGUAUAAAACUGAGAAGAAGGAGAAGCUUGAACCUAUUGAAGAAGUAACCAUUGAAGUAAAUGAAGAGCAUGUGGGGUUAGUAAUGGAAGCUUUAUCUCAUAGACGAGCUGAGGUUCUCGAUAUGGGUCCUGUUGCUGGGCAUGUUGGAAGGACUAGAUUGUCCUUGACUUGUCCAUCAAGGGGCUUGGUUGGUUACAGGAGUGUGUUCAGCAGUGACACGCGUGGAAGUGGAUUUAUGCAUCGUGCUUUCCUGACCUAUGCAAAACACCGGGGCCCACUUGGAAAUGUUAGGAAGGGAGUCUUGGUGUCGAUGGGUUAUGGUACUAUCACAGCCUAUGCAUUAAUGAGUCUAGAACCCCGUGGAAUACUCUUCGUUAGUCCUGGGAUGGAGACAUAUGAUGGCAUGAUUGUGGGAGAACAUUCAAGGGAUUCGGAUCUUGAUGUCAACCCUGUUAGGGCCAAGGAACUUAGUAACAUGCGUGCUGCUGGCAAGGAUGAGAAUGUGAAACUCUCUCCACCUCGCUUGAUGACGCUUGAAGAAGCCAUUGGUUAUGUAGCUUCUGAUGAGCUUAUUGAGGUCACACCUAAGGCCAUCCGUUUGAGAAAAAGAUACCUGGAAGUUAACAAGCGUAAAGCCAUGAGUAAAAGGCCGAAGGAAUGA